CCCAGUACCGUAACGAGCCUCCACAGUGCUUCCUCUCUCUGUGAGUCCUCGCGGAAAAUUGUGAUUUUCGCACUUGAACAGUGAAAAAAUCACCACUAAAAGCGCGCCACAGUGGCAACGCAAUAUUGGAGAGGAGGAAAAAAAAAAGUGGAGUUUAUUUGUAUAAUAAGGGAGAAUAAGAGAGAUGCUUGGUUAUAGUUGAGUAUAGACACAAGAAUUAGCAACAGAGCGACUCUUGCGGAACGACAGGCUGGGAGCGAAGGUGCACGUAUCAAGGAGGGACAGAAGAGAUCAUCGUGACAAGUGUAGUGAUGUGUGCGACAUUUGCGUGAGCAACUGAUGAUGUCCAAUGUGUGGGAAUCAAACGAGAGACAAUAGUGCACAUGAGUCAUCAUCCACGGCAUCAGCGUCAAUCAUCAAAAGCAGGGGAUGUCGUCUUGUGACGAGGGAGCUAUUGAGUCAACAACUGAGCCACCAUCCAUCGAUGACUGUCUCAAGGUGCGCAAGUGGUGGUGCUUUCUGCUCUCGAGCAUCUUCACAUUCUUCGCCGGGCUGCUGGUGGUGCUCCUGUGGCGUGCAUUCGCUUUCAUAUGUUGCCGCAAGGAGCCAGAACUGGGGCCUAAUGAUCCCAAGCAGAAGGAGCAAAAAGCCUCGCGGCAGGGGAAGCAGGAGUUCGAGGGAACUUUCAUGACAGAAGCAAAGGACUGGGCAGGCGAACUCAUUUCUGGGCAAACAACAACUGGACGGAUACUGGUGGUACUUGUGUUUAUCCUCAGUAUUGCAUCCCUUAUUAUUUAUUUUAUCGACGCUUCGAGCGAAGAAGUGGAAAGAUGCCAAACGUGGAGCAACAACAUUACACAACAAAUCGAUUUGGCAUUCAACAUAUUUUUUAUGGUUUACUUUUUUAUACGAUUCAUAGCGGCAUCGGAUAAACUUUGGUUUAUGCUAGAGAUGUAUAGUUUCGUAGAUUACUUCACAAUACCACCGUCCUUCGUGUCCAUAUACUUAGAUCGUACAUGGAUUGGUCUACGUUUCUUGAGAGCUCUGCGACUCAUGACUGUUCCGGAUAUUUUACAAUAUCUCAACAUUCUCAAAACAUCCAGCUCGAUUCGAUUGGCUCAACUCGUAUCCAUAUUCAUCUCCGUGUGGUUGACAGCGGCUGGAAUUAUUCACUUGCUGGAAAAUUCGGGUGAUCCUCUAGAGUUCAACAAUCCUCAGCAGUUGUCCUACUGGACGUGCGUGUAUUUCUUAAUCGUAACAAUGUCAACUGUGGGAUAUGGCGAUGUGUACUGUGAAACAGUUCUUGGGCGAACAUUUCUCGUGUUCUUCCUCCUCGUCGGUUUGGCAAUGUUUGCCAGCAGUAUCCCGGAGAUUAUUGAGCUAGUUGGUAGUGGAUCGAAAUAUGGUGGUGAAUUGAAAAGAGAGCACGGAAAGAGGCACAUUGUCGUCUGUGGACACAUCACAUAUGAAUCAGUGUCGCACUUCUUGAAGGAUUUUUUACACGAAGAUCGUGAAGAUGUUGACGUCGAAGUCGUAUUUUUACAUCGCAAGGAGCCUGAUCUGGAGCUCGAGGGACUUUUAAAACGGCACUACACGACUGUGGCGUUUUUUCAGGGAACUAUGAUGAACGCUGUUGAUUUGGAACGAGUUAAGGUACACGAAGCUGAUGCCUGUUUAGUGUUAGCCAAUAAAUACUGUCAAGAUCCGGAUGCAGAAGAUGCUGCCAACAUUAUGCGUGUGAUAUCGAUUAAAAAUUACAGUGACGACAUUAGAGUAAUUAUUCAACUGAUGCAAUAUCACAAUAAGGCGUACUUGCUGAAUAUCCCAUCGUGGGACUGGAAGCAGGGAGAUGAUGUGAUUUGUCUGGCGGAAUUGAAGUUGGGUUUCAUAGCUCAGAGUUGCCUGGCGCCUGGAUUUUCCACAAUGAUGGCCAACCUCUUUGCCAUGAGAUCCUUCAAAACGUCACCAGACACACAGGCUUGGCAAAAUGACUACCUUCAGGGUACAGGCUGUGAGAUGUACACUGAAACCCUAUCACCUUCAUUUACCGGCAUGACUUUCCCACAAGCGAGCGAAUUGUGCUUCACAAAAUUGAAGUUGUUACUGUUGGCGAUAGAAAUUAAGGGGAGCGAAGAUGGAGCAGAUAGUAAAAUAUCAAUUAAUCCGAGAGGCGCGAAAAUUCAAGCGAAUACCCAAGGAUUUUUCAUUGCUCAAAGUGCCGAUGAAGUCAAGAGGGCUUGGUUCUACUGCAAAGCAUGUCAUGACGAUAUUAAGGAUGAAACACUCAUCAAGAAGUGCAAAUGCAAAAAUUAUGUCGGCAUGAUUAUGAUGCAAACAGGAAUGGUCAAACAAGGCAUAAAUUCCGCCUGUCACACUUUCAUCGACGAUGAUCAUCAUCCCGCCCCGACGUUCACCCCACCGGAACUUCCGAAGCGGGUGCACGUUCGUGGAUUGACAUCGGGCGAGAUCACAAGGGACCGAGAGGAUAUUAAUUUAAUAAAUCGCAAUCGACGUAAUGCGCAAUUAUCUCAAGCCCCGGGUGGCCCUCAAAGUGGUGCUCUAGUGAAUUCCACGAAACAAGUUAACAAGGUGAAACCGAAUGUGAAUCGCCAACCACCGGAAAAUGCAGUUUCCCCAUCGAAUUACAAUGCCACAACACGACCUGCGGAAACUGAUGCUAAUCCAUACGCGGGCUAUCAACUUGCUUACGAAGUGAAAAAACUCAUGCCCACGAGCCGCGGGAGUGGAAGUGGAGCUCAGGCGGGGACGAAUGGUGUUUCCAUGCCAGCGGGAAUCGCAGAUGAUCAGUCGAAGGACUUUGAUUUUGAGAAGACAGAAAUGAAGUACGAUUCAACGGGAAUGUUCCAUUGGAGUCCUGCCCGAAAUUUAGAAGACUGCAUCUUGGAUCGAAAUCAAGCGGCAAUGACGGUUCUCAAUGGACAUGUCGUUGUGUGUCUGUUUGCCGAUCCGGAUUCACCAUUGAUUGGCUUGAGAAAUCUGGUGAUGCCACUGCGAGCGUCCAAUUUUCACUAUCACGAGUUGAAGCAUGUGGUCAUCGUGGGAUCUGUGGAGUACAUCCGGAGGGAGUGGAAGAUGCUGCAAAAUUUACCCAAGAUUUCCGUUCUCAAUGGGUCGCCACUGAGUCGAGCUGAUCUGCGAGCGGUGAAUGUUAACUUAUGUGAUAUGUGCUGCAUCUUGUCGGCCAAAGUUCCUAGUAACGACGAUCCAACACUCGCCGACAAGGAAGCCAUUCUGGCAUCUCUCAAUAUCAAAGCCAUGACUUUUGACGACACAAUUGGCGUUCUAAGUCAACGAGGCUCUGAACUGGAUAAUCUCAACACGGCAGGAAGUCCAAUUGUUUUACAACGACGUGGUUCAGUUUACGGAGCCAAUGUGCCAAUGAUUACUGAAUUGGUCAACGACAGCAAUGUACAAUUUUUGGACCAGGACGACGAUGAUGAUCCCGACACGGAAUUGUAUUUAACACAGCCAUUUGCUUGCGGAACAGCGUUUGCUGUUAGUGUACUAGAUUCCCUUAUGUCUACAACAUAUUUCAACCAAAACGCCUUAACGUUAAUACGAUCGCUGAUCACUGGUGGAGCGACACCAGAACUGGAGCUGAUCCUUGCGGAAGGAGCGGGUCUACGUGGAGGCUACAGCACGCCUGACAGCCUCAGCAAUAGAGAUAGAUGCCGCGUGGGACAAAUAUCGCUGUACGAUGGACCACUGGCGCAAUUUGGCGAAUGUGGAAAGUACGGUGAUCUGUUUGUGGCUGCCUUAAAGUCAUAUGGAAUGCUGUGCAUCGGCUUGUACAGAUUCCGUGACACGAGUUCCAGUUGUGAUGCCAGCAGUAAGCGAUACGUGAUUACAAAUCCACCAGAUGAUUUUUCACUACUGCCAACAGAUCAGGUCUUCGUUUUGAUGCAGUUCGAUCCGGGAUUGGAGUACAAGCCGGCGUCAUCGCGGACAACCACCGGCGGCAGGAAUGCGACUACACAGGGGUCCGGAGUCGGUGGGGGUGGCACCAACAAAGAUGAUAACUCUUGACUGUUGUUGUGUAGCGCCCUGACUGAUGGUCCCUACUCUUAUAUAUGAACAACAUUGAUAUUCGAUGGUGCUUUCGCUCACUUUCCGCUCAAUGCGAUUAUCAACUUCUAUUGCUCAUUCACGUGAGGAGGAGGACAAGGAGGGGUUUUGGGCUCAAUCUGUGGACGUGUGAAGAGGAGAAAAGUCAGGCAGGAGAAUCGAUGGAAUGAACAAUAUAAAUUAAUGAGAGCACUGAGCUUAAAUUGGGCGAAAUUUGAUUUGGUUCUAUUCUCUUUCUCUCUCUCUCUCUGAUUUUGGGAUGUUAGGAUUUCUGAUUGUGUGAAGAGAAGAGGAGAAAGAAGGAUGUUUGAGAGUGAAGAGAAUAGAAUCAAUUCAACAGAACAGUUGACAUGAUGAAGAUCAAGAUAAGACCGAGAGGAUGAUCGUUGUUCAUUGUAUAAAAUUGCUUCCCACACCAUUCCGUAUAAAAAAAAAAACAAGAAUUUCGAUGAAAUACUUUCAUUUUCUUUAUUUUUAUUUAGAUCAAAUGUUUAGAAGGUUUAAUUGAUUUUAUAUAAUAGUCGAAAAUUAUCAUUGAAAUAUGUUAUGUUAUAUGAGUUUAGUGAAGGACACGUUUUGGUUUUGGUGUAGAUAGUUUUUGUAAAAGAACUUCUUUCUUGUUUGUUUCCAGCAAUUUUGUUUUGUUUCCUGUAUUUCUGAUCAAUGGUUUAAUAAAUAUAUUUUAUUGGGAAUAUUUCUUUUAUUACAGUUUCUCUUCAUUAUGUCUCUCAAUAUAGUUUGAUUAACACUAAUAACUUUAUUAAUUUACUAACACUGAAAGCAAUAGCAAGCUGGCAAUGGUGUGAGCAAAGGGAACCAAAAUUUGGGUGUCGCUACACUCUUCAGCAAAAGCACACUAACAGAAAGAAUGAUAAAAAAAACCGCCUAGAUUAAGAUAAUGGGGGAUGACUUUGGGUGUGAACGCUAAGAUUACUAAUUAACAUACGCAUAUUCAUAACACUAAAAAAAAUAUUUACUAAGAGAAAAGAUAACAUUAACUUAGCUAAAUGAGAUCGUUUUGAGUGACGAGACAGAAUUAUUAAAAAUGAUUUUGUUACGUGUCAUCGGAUUGUUUUAUAUGAAUAACUAUAUUAAGAAAUAAAUAAUUUAUUGAGGAAUUUUUUGGUUAUAUCUUUCAGGCUAUCAAAAAAAAAAGAUGUGCAUAUAAUGUUAUGGAGUAUAAAGUUUAUACAAUUAUCAAAAUAAGAAAAUUCUAGAGAAAUAAUAUGAUAAUUGAUAUUGAAAGAAAAAGCUUGUUUUUCCGUUAUAAAUUGGAAUCUAAUACCAAAUCAAUCAUUAAUAAGUUACCUCAGAGGAUAAUCAUGAGAUGAAUAUUUAAAUCUGCCUGUGAUAUCAUAGAAGUGAUUAGUUUUUGUUACAAAUUCAAUAAAACAUCGUUUUUAUUACAAAUUUUCCUGAGUGAAUAUUUCCAAAAAUUUCCUCAAUUUUUCAAUUCAAUGUGAAAUUCUAUCAAAGAAAAAAAAAACGUAAUGUUUGUUGGUUAUUAAUGUUUUCAGGGUGUUUAGGCAAAGCAAAGGAGCAAAUUCUCACUUGAUUUUUGUGUUUCCUGUUUCACUUAGUGUAGAAAGAAUUAGCUUAAAACAGCCUAAAUGUCACGAGAAGAAUUUUUCGCGUUGAAUUUACUACGAAAAAGUCUAAAAGACAAGAGGCAGAUGAAAUCAUUAAAUUUUAGCUAUAACUUGUGAUCCUUGUGAUACAUGUUUCUGAUUUGUUCAGUGUCUGGUUUUUAAAGCAACACAUUUUUCAUCACCUUUGAGAUAAAGAAAAAAAAUGCAAUUAGGCUAAGACAAGUGAAAAUAUAAAAAAAAAAUGCCGCAAAAUGUUAGUUGCUAAAAUGUGUGAAUGCGAUUAGACAUUAAAGAUGAUAUAAGAUUACAUAAAAUUGAAUCUGAGAAAUUUCGAUAUUCGAGCUUUUUCGCUAGGACAACAAAAUGAUAUUUGUAAAGUUAAGUGUAAUAGUAAAUUUAAUAUUGAAGUGAAAAUGGAAUGGAGAUGUUUUCAUUUAUCAACAAGUUCAGACAAAUGGAUAAAAGAUGGUGAAAAAGAAAACUGAAUUUUUAGUGCGUGUGUUUGUAAUUUUUACCAAGUAAUUUAACAGAGAAAAAGCAUAACAAAGAGAGAAGAUAAAAAACGUGAAACACUCAAUCAUUUAUCAAAUUAAAUUCCUACAUUUGGAGAUUCGUGGAGAUAAAAGUGGAUGAAAACUUAGGAAGUUGAAUGAAAGAAAUGCGUUAGUUUAUGAAUUUCUAAAGAAAAAAAGGAAGAUAAAAAAAGAAUAAUAAAAAUUGAGAAACAUAACAAGAGUAAUUGAAAACCCUGCCACAUGCUAAUAAAUAAUAUUUACGUGAAUUAUAAAAUUAAAAAAAAGAAAGAAACAUUCAUACUAAAUAAAGAGAAAGAAGGAUAAAAAUAUUUAAAAAGAUUUAAUACUUACCUUGAUAUUAAAGAGUAAAAGUGAAAUUACGAAGGAAAAACUGUAAAUAAUUGUUACAAAUUAUUAACUGUUUCUUAUUAAAAGACAUUUUCCAUUUGAAUUUUUAUUAUCAUUUCUUUAUUGAUACAUUGAUGAAAUCACAAUUUUUUAUAAAUAUCAUUCAAACCAUUAGAGCUGUAGUUGGGCAACAUUGUGAAACAAAACAAAAUAUUUCACCCUUAAAUAGGAUUUUACAAAGAAAAAAAAAAGAAUCACUACAAAAUCUAAGUGUUGUGUGUUAUUUCUGUUUUGCAAAUUUGUGGCCUAAAUGACAAUUCUUAUUUCCACUGAAUUUCGCCAUGAAAGAAAUGAUUUUUCAAAUAUUCAUUUUUAUCGUCCACAAUCAAGAUAUAAUAAUAAAUCGACUCACUAAACACUCUUCCAUUUUUGAUCUCUUCAUUAUAUUUUCUAUACAAAGACAAACUCUCUAAAGAAAGUGAAAAAAAAGAAAUCGCACAUUAAACGUAAGGCAUCAAAUAAAAAAGAGAAAACUUCAAAAAAAAAAA